GCACAGACUUCCUGUUUCGUCCACUGGUAUCUCCCUGCGCUUCUCUCAGUCUCCCAGGAGCCAUCCCCGGCCAGACCCUGGACCCAGCAGGGGGCAGGAACAGGGAGCAAUCUCAGCGUCCAGGAGAUUCACCAUGACCAGGACCUCGAAGGAGGUUCUUCUACAGCACUUUAUACAUCAGAAGCUGGAGAUUGCUUAUGCCAUAAACAAGCCAUUUCCCUUCUUUGAAGGUCUCCGAGACAACUUCUUCAUCACCGAGAGACUGUACCAGGAAUCUCUGGAAGCCUGUAGAAAUAUGGUCCCUUUAUCCAGGGUCGUGUACAACAUCCUCACUCAACUGGAGAAUACGUUUAGUCUGUCAUUUCUGGAGACGUUGUUCAGCCAAAUAAACCUGAGUGAAUACCCCAACUUGAUGACGACCCUCAAGAGCUUCAAAAGGGUUGUCACUUCCAACGGAGGGUGGGGCAGAAUCACAACGAUUCCUCUCGAAGCCGCAGCCAACCCAGCAGGAAGGAGCUCCGUCAGGGCACUGCUGCCGCCGCCCACCUGCCAACACCCCCCAUCGAGCCGCCCACCCUGCUCACCCAGUGUCAGCGAGCCCGGAGCACCUGCCCAGCCCAGCGCUGAGAUCCUGCACGAGCAUCCCAGCCCUGCUGACCUCACCGUGGCUCUCCCCGGAAUCAUCCAGGAAGGAAGCCUCACUCCAGUGUCCAGUGACAACCUGAUCCCCCAAAUAAAAGAUAAAGAAGACACUCAAGAGAUGUCCUGCGCUCCAUCAGGCCCCGUGCCAGUGAUAAGAGAUGAUGCUUCUGAACAAAGUGACCCAAAGGAGCUCCAAGAGGCAUCCAGGGCACCUCCCAGCAAGAGAGGAAAGAAGAGAAAAAGAAGUAUCUGGUUAACUUCAAGGAAGAGACACCAGAAAAAAAGCCUCCCGAGAGGGGCAGCCUUACCUGGGCAUGGAAUCCAAACGAUGCUCCACGUGGCGGAGCAGGUGACUCACAGGGAGGACGACUCAACCAGGAACACAAAGAUCAUGACAAGAGCAAGAAAGAGAAGGACAGAAUGUGGCCAAACGCCUGCACCGGAGGAGGUCAGUGAUGACACUUCAGAGAUGGAUGAAAGAAAGAGACCCCAGGAGCUACCCAGCACACCACCAAGACUCACCCACGGUAAAGAUCCCAUGGAUAAGGGAAGCAAACUGCCUUUGGGAGAAUCUCCUGGGGGAAAACGAAGGAAGAGAAGAAUACAUAGCUGGUCAAGUUCAAAAAAAAGACAGAAAAAAAGUCUCCCAAGAGGCUCAGCCUCACCUGGACGCAGAACCCAAGAGGUGCUCCAAGUGGUGGAGCAGGUGACUGAAAGGAAGGACGACUUAACCAGGAGUUCGAAGGUCAUGACACGGGCCCAGAAAGCAAGGGCUGAACGUGCCCCAAAGCCUGCACCAGAGGAAAAGGGAAGGAUAAAAGAUGUCUGUUCAAGUGCAACAACAAGUUGUCACAGAAAUAUUCCCAUAAAGGAAAAACCUGAAGAUGAAACUCUGGAUUUUCACUCUCCUAAACUUCCUGUGACCUGUGGUAAGGCAAAGGGGAUUUUAUAUAAGGAGAAAAUGAAACAAGGCUCCUCAGAGAAGUGUAUUCAGAACAAGAAGGGACUUUGGUUCACACCAAGAGAAUUUGAAAUUGAAGGAAAACGGAAACAAUCAAAGAACUGGAAGCGGAGUGUGCUUUGUAGAGGAAAGACCCUAGAACAGCUGCUGGAGAAAGGAAUUCUGCUCUGUCCUCCGAGAAAAAGUCUCAAGAGAGAGCAUAACGUCAGAGACUGUCCUCUGAGCUGCCAACACGUUUGCCUGGCACGGCGCACAGCGGAUGAGGACAGCUCUGACCCAGGCACGGGCAGCCUUGGGGCCAACCUGACUCAGCAGGAAAACUCCAGGGAAUGUGAGGUAUGCUGUAGAGGGGGGCCGCUGCUCUGCUGUGACACUUGUCCAAGGGCCUUUCAUGAGGACUGUCACAUCCCACCUGCGGAGGCCGAGAGGAGCGCGUGGAGUUGCACCUUCUGCAGGAUGAAGGAGUCUUCUGGAAGCCAGCAGUGUCUUGGGGAAUCUGGGGUCCUGGCAAGGCAGAUGCAGCCCGAGGAGCAGUUGAAAUGUGAGUUUCUCCUCUUGAAAGCCUCCUGUCAUCCACAAAGCUCUUUCUUCAUGGAGGCCCCAUGUAAUAUUCGAGAUUAUGGUGAGCCCUUUAGGGAAGCCAUGUGGUUGGACCUGGUUAAGGAAAGGCUGGCUGAGAAAGUGUACACAGUGGCCUGGUUUCUACGGGACAUACACCUGAUAUUUCGCAACCAUAAAACAUUUUACAAGGCCUCCGACUUUGCUCAGGUAGGACUGGAUUUAGAGGCAGAAUUUGAAAAGGACCUCAAAGAAGUGCUUCUUUUUCAUGAAGCCAGUGAGAACAGCUUCCAGGUUCCUCCUUGAUCCUGUUCUGGACGAACUAAGGCAUCCCAACUUCAGGAUCCAGAUGAUGUGGCCCUGGCCCUCCUUAGAUUGCCAACGAGUCUGGAAUGCUAUUGGCUGCCUCUUGACUCAAAUCCAGACCCUUCAGAGCACUGUCACACCCUCCACCGCCUUUUACUGUUUCUUUUUAUAUUUCG